AUGACCACAAAGACUGAGACGAACAGAAUGUUUGACUUAACGUUCGCGGCGCGAGCGCUACAGCUCACCUUCGCCAUCAUAGUCAUGGGAAUAGAUGGCUAUGCAAUUCACAUAUAUCGCGGCCACACCGUCUACGAACAAUUCGAGUACGGCAACUUCUACGCUUACAUGGGCGUCCCUGAUGCGUGGGGCUUCUUAAUUUUCUGUGCUGGGUGGACAUUUCUGGAUGUCAUUUUUGCUCUCAUUGCUGGAAUCAGAUUCGGGCAUUCUAAAUUGAUUGGUUAUAUUUGUCUCGUGACUGAAGCUGUAGCUCUUCUCUCUUGGCUUGCUGGUUUCAUUGCCGUGGCUAUUAACAUAGAGAGCAAUGAAUGUCCCACAGAAGAGAACGGAUGUGGGCUGCUUAAGGCGGCGACAGUAUUUGGGGCGCUGGAGUGGCUGCUAUUCAUGGUUACCACAAUGCCCACUAUCAAGUUUGUCUUUAAGAGCACUCGCAAAGGGUCUUCUGAGCCUGAAGUCAGCUCCGCUGUACCUGUUUGA